AUGCCUUUCAAUGUCACUUACGAAUCUGGAGAUGAUUUGGUGGAAAUUGUGGAGAGAUUCACUGAAGAGCUCAUCGAUUUGGACAUUCAGUUGACGCAAGAGGAGAGCAAAGAGUGGUGCGUUUUCUGUGAGAAUCACUCAAAAUACCGCCAAGAGCUUAUUGAGAUGGAUUUGGAAGUGAAACAAGGAGAAAGUGAGCAAAGACAUCUUGAUUUCACCGUUUUCGAGCCAAAUUUCCACGCGCUUUUCGCUUGUUUCAAGCUUUGUUUAAAAGAAGCGAUUCGAAUUGAAAGAAAUCAUUCGAGAAAAGAAAUUAUUGAACUUGAUGUCGAUGUGAAGCAAAUGGAUAGCAUUGAUUCGGUUUGUUUGUUUUCAUUGCCAAGCCAACAAUUUUCCUUCAAAACCCUACCAAGCACCAGUAACGAGGAAACUUGUUUAAAGUGUCAUUUCAUCAAUCAAGAUUGUCACAGCAAUGAGUCAACGCUUAUUCGGUUGCCAUCGACAAAUUGCGCUGAGGAAAGGAAAAUGAGAGACGAGAAGUUGUGGAAAUUGAGAGACCAAAAUGAAGAUGGCUGGCUAAAACAAAGCGUGAUCAUCGUCAAUUGGGAGAACAUCGAGAAAGAGAUCGAACAAAGUGGAUCGGCUGAUUUCAUUUAUUGCCCGAAAAGAAAUGUCAAGUUGUCAAAGAAGUCGAUUUUCAAAGAAGUCUCUUAUGAAAAAACAGAAUCAAUCAAAGAAACGAUCGAGGAUUGGUUGGAAGAGAUCGAGAAUGAAUUCGAGAUUCUAAAAGGAUUUGAGACAAGGACACCAAGUAGUGAUUCGAAUUUCGAAAUGAUCCAACCAGAAGAUCCGAAUUUCUCCGAAAAAGAAGAAGCUCCAAAGUUCUUGAUGCAUUUAGCUUUGGUAACAAAAUUCAGAAGCAAAGACAACGAUGGUCCACGAAUUUCUAGCUUACCGGAACAGUUUAUGCUCAUUGAGGGAGAUGAUUCGAAACUUCAAGUCGAGUCGCAACUUCAAGUCGACUCUCAACCUCAAGUCGACUCUCAACUUCAAGACAAUCAGCCCAAGAAUCUCAAGGCUUUUGACAGAAAUCGCUCGAUUGAGGUGGAGAUCGAUUGUGAAGAAAAUGGGAGAAAAAUUCCGGAAGGGAGCUCUGAAAAGACGAUGAAUUUGGUCUAUUUGGGCAACGAAUUCGUACCAUUGUUGAGAUCCGAGUCCAUCGAAAUGACCGUUCAUUACAACUACAACAACAGAGCAUCAACGAGCGCGUCAAAGAAAAUCGUGAACUCGGCUGUGGGAGGGGUAUUUGUUGAGAAGAAACUGAAAAAAACCAACAUUACCCAAGAAGCUUUCCCAGAGUCACAAAAUGUGUCUAUCGAUCAAAGGAGUAGUCAAAUCAUUGCUGAUAUCGACUUUGUGAAAACACCAAGCAAUGAGGACCAUUUCACCUAUAUCCUGAUCACUCCACGUGCAUUUGAGGAGAAAUUUCUGGACGAGAGUCUAGAUCAAGAACAGAAUGUCGAUGCUGUUUUUGAGGCCACUUCAGAAAAUCUUUUUGCUUUGAAAACGUUUGUUCAAGCUGGUUCUGACAAUAUUUUCGCAUGUUUUUGCUCGAUUCAAAAAGAAAACGCUCAAUGCGAUGUUGCGCUGAGAAACGAAGAAAAGAGUUCUUGGAAUGAAGACACAUUAUUGGAAUUUGUUUUUUAUUUUGCUGAAUUAGAGCUUAAAGCAGUUGAAGAUCAUCUUGUAAAAGCUGAUUUCCAAUUGAUUUCAAUGGAAGAUUGCAAUGAGACAUCAAAAACUCUUGAGACAUCAAUUCUUGAAGAGAUCAGUUUUUUGGAAGUAUCAAGAUCAUUGGAUUCUAGAAGAGCAAAAACAUCGUGUGAACUUGAGCUCAAGUACACUGAGAAUGGCUUUGCUUGGAAUCAAGAAGCUUUUUAUGAAUUCACUACGCAUUUCGCUAGAUUGGAUAUCAAAAAGCCAGAAAAAGAACCCAUAGAGGUUGACGAAAUUACUCUCGCAACAACAACAACUUGUGACAUCGAUAUCAAGUACACUGAGAAUGGCUUUGCUUGGAACCAGGAAACAUUUUAUGAAUUCACUACACAUUUUGCAAGAUUCGAUAUCGAAAACUCGAAAGAAGAGGAGGCAACGAAAGAAUUCGAAGCUUUUAGCACUCCAACAAUAGCUUGCGAAACUCCAACUCCAACAACAGCUUGCGAAACUCCAACUCCAACAAUAGCUUGCGAAUUUCAAAUCAAGUACAAUGAAAAUGGCUCUGCUUGGAAUCAAGAAGCUUUUUAUGAAUUCACUACGUCUUUUGCUAGAUUGGAUAUCAAGAAUUCACAGGAGGAAGAAUCGUUGUGGCAUUGUGGCAUCAAGAAUUCACAGGAGGAAAAACGGGGAAUCGUUGUGGCAAUCGAUGCUGACGAAGACGAUUUCACCAAACUUUCCCUUACAAGUAAUCUUUCUUCUCAAAAACUGGAGCAAGUCGCUUUUCACCUGGAUGUGAUUGUGCCGGAUGAAGUUGAAUGGUUUGAGGAAACAUUCUCCGCGCAUCAAAUGGCCUCUUGUGAAUUCGAUGUUAAAAUGUGCCUUGAGGAGUCUUUGACAAUACUUGUAGAAUCAGAGAAGAAGGAAAGCCAAGAAAGCGCAUCAAUCGAAUUCGAAGACUAUUUCGCGCUGAGUGACUAUUUCGAGUUCGACGAGUCGACAAGUCAAGAAAUAGAUCUUGAUGUUCAAAUUGGGGAAAGUGAGAGUAAUGAAAGAAGCAUUCUUCUGAAUCUUGUCAACUCAAAAAAGCUUGAAGAAUUUCUGAUCAUUGAACCAAUGAAGAGAACAAUGACAGCUGAAUGGAAAAUCGUGAAGAAAGAGAGUAACGCUCAAUUGUUCGCUGAAUUCAUUUCAAUAGCACAAGUUGAGCAAGCCAAAUUGGCAACCAUUGUCCCUAGUUUCAAAUCAUUGCACGUCUACGCAGCCAUCGAAACUGCUAAAAGUGAAAAUUGGAACGCUGCACCGUAUACAAGAAAAGAUAUCAUCUACAGUAAUCUGAUCGCUCUUACACCUAAAAAAGAAAUCUCCAACCAAAGCUACAAUCUUACAUCAAAAGACAGCCACGCGCAAGUCUCAGUCCACUUCUACGAAAGCUCAACUCUGAAAAUUUCCACGAAAAUCGCGAAACUAAAAGAAAAAACUAAAGAUUUAUCUAUUGAAAUGGACUCUCCACAAAGACGAAUGACAGCCUCUCCACUGCCCGGUCAACAAACCCAGCAAUCUUCGUAUCAAUGGAAAACCGAAACCACUAGAACAACCACGCAACCAAAUGGGGAAACCUGGCGCACUGAGACGAUUCGCACCAAUCAGCAGCCGCAGAGUCAUUCAACUGCAUGGCGCACUGAGAGUCAAACGGGAGGCGGUCCGGUGACGACUGGCCAAACCUCGUGGCGUACCGAGAAACGCACGACCACUACCACCGAGCGACAAACGAUUCCCAUUCAACAAACUUACACAACCUCGUCACGCGAUACGUGGAAUACACAGCGAACGGCUGAGUCGGGAAGUCAACUCGGUGGAAGGCCUGGAUCUCGCGCUGAUUCGGCCGCCUCUUUCCAAUAUUCACGCGGCGAUAAAAUCAAUCCCGGAGAGCAGCGCCUCUCGCAGUUGACUCGUCCCGAUUCACGUGCCAGUGUUACCGCCUCAGAUCAUGGCUCCGUGGUAAACGACACAUUGAACGCGCUGGCUACCGACGUCGAGCAAACAACGGAACUCAUUCGCCGAAAACAGCAACAGAUGCGCUCCGAGAGACGCCAAUUUCAGACCGAAAUGGAGGUGACCGGCCGUAUCUCGAUCUCGCCAACCGAUGACUGGCUCAACGCUCGUUUAAAAGCCGUCUCCACCGACGAUUUGAAGAGGGAUCUCUCAAAGAUCAAAGAGGAUCAAAGAACUAAUGCUGUCACCGAUACUUUGGCGGCUCUCGUUUACGAUGUGAAUGCGACAGCGGAGGUGCUUCGCCGCGGAUCGCUCGGCAGAGAUCGCGGAAAGAAAAAGGACAAAGCACAAGAGGAAGUGGAAUACCGCCUUCGCUUGACACCGUCAGUCGACGAGGAACCCCGACCAUUCCCGUCACCAAAACAGUAUGAACAAGUGCCAGAAGAGAAAACGACUGUCGAUGAUAUGCAGCGAGAUUUUGGGGUCGACAUUUCGGAAUCGCAUACCGCUUCUCUCCGUCGCCGUGCCCGUUCAGAGACGCCGCGUCGCACUCUGCACAUUGAGCCCUCACCUCCACCGAUGGCGCCAGCAAUUUGCGCUUAUUGCAAUGAAGAGAUUGAUGGUCAAAUUCUGACAGCUUUGGCGCCAAAUUCGGAGCGUGCACAGAAAUUUCACACCUAUCACUUUAUGUGCACCUAUUGUCAAAAGGCUCUCAACAUGCACGGCACUUACCGAGAGCACGAUCGGAAACCGUACUGUCACGAUUGUUUCUACAAGCUCUACAACGGACUUCAAUAUUGCCCAGACGAGCAUCAGAAACAAAUCGAUAAACUUAUC